UCGCCUGCAAGAGGUUAUCAGGUUAUCGUCUUGAUCGUCCGCACGAAACAACAAUAUACAAACGACCUCGCACCUCCGCACACCACAAACAAACCACACUCACCCAAUACACUCCCGCCGUCGAGUCUCAAAACAAACACUCUUACCCUCCUUAGCCUCUUGCGCCCACACAACAACACCCUUUCAUCCCCACCCCCAAAACAACCCCCAAUACGAAAACAACAGCGCGCCUACAAUCCCACGCCGGCACAACAACCACACGACCACACCAUCGCAAGCCCACAUCCCACAAUGGGAAACUGCCUCACCAAAUCUCCCCCAUCCUACGACCACUACGAGGAAACCCCACCACCGAGACUUGUCCCCGCCCCUCGCAACAGCGACACCAACAGACCCGUAGCCCGUCUACCCUACGAGCAGCAAAUCCAAAUGUCAAGCCGUCAAUCGAGCAGACACACCUUCUCACCUCCAUCUGCACCCCCUCAACCGCAGCAAAAAGCACCAAAAGAGCCUCCCCGCCAACUCCCCACCGACCAAGCCUGGAUCGCGGACAUGAGGCUCAAGAUGGAAGAACAGCAAGAUGCGCUGCGCCGGAGGAACUUCUACCGCAAUGGAAUCCGCGACCAGCGUGCCAAUGCGUCGACGAAGUCCAUCUUGCCGCAUCAUUGGGAUUUCGAUCUGGAGAGCGAGACGGAUGAGGAGAAGUUGAGGAAUUUUCUCUGGGAGCAUACCGAGAUUGGACGGGAGGAUAGAAGGAGGUAUGAGCCGCGUGGUAGUGAGGAGAAUGGUUGUGGUGGGAAAGGGAGGUAGGGGGUUGGGUUGGUGCUCGGUGCUGUUGUUG